AUGCAGGCAAUGCGCUCCGUCGACAUAAACCUCGCACCCAAUGCUGUUCCCCUAGCCACUCCUGACGAGAUAUACCACGUCGACACUCAACUCGACCCAAAGACGCUGAAGGAAGUCGUGCUCUGGGACGAUAUCCUGCAGGCAUUCAGGAAUGUGGUUCAAGUUCGCAACAAGACGAGGGUUGUUCCGUUCCUAAAGGGGAAGAACCUACGAAUUCUUAAGCCGCGCAGGAUUGCCGCAGUGCCGAACGCUGUCUUGGAUGUGGUGGUGGAUAAUCUAUUGGUUGAAAAAGGGGUCACCUCUCUACAAGUCCAACAGCUACCAUUGCAGCCAACGCCACCGCAGGACGAUGAUAGCACAAUGAAGGUCAAGACUGCCUCCCAGAACAUCAUCCCAACAUCCACUGCUACGUCCUCAUCCAGUAGCGCGUCCACGCCCGCUGUCCUUUCUAACACAACUUCCACUGUCCGGCGGAACCCAGUCUACGGCCUUGUAGAGGUGGCGAUGGAAAACUAUACUCACAUCGAUAGACCCCUUGCAUUCACGUCGGCUCGAGGGCCACAUGAAGUACUGGACGAUCAGCCGCCAACCAUCAAGGAUCCUGUCGUCCCUCCUCACUCAGUCAACAGCUGCAACUCUCAGCUGCAAGGACCGCAGAGCGUAACCACCAAUGUUUCUAUGGAGAAGGAUGUGGUUCAAAUGAGCAUUAGCGCUAGUCAUGGAGACAAGGACGCCCAGGUGGCGCUUGGCGACAUGUAUAGGGACGGCAAGGGGGUUGCGCAAGACUAUCAGACCGCCACGGAUUGGUACUUCAAGGCCGUCGAGCAAGGAGACGCAGCUGGACAGCUGAGAGUAGGCGACCUCUACGAUCAAGGACUGGGUGUACCGCAGAACCACUUAAUAGCCAUGGAUUGGUACCUCAAGGCUGCCGAACAAGGAUAUGCUGUUGCUCAAUACAGCAUCGGAGUUCUCUACAAUCAUGGCCGCGGUGUUCUCAAAGACGACGCUCAGGCGAUGGGUUGGUUCCUCAAAGCCGCCGAUCAAGGACACGCAGAAUCGCAGUACGACAUUGGCGAAUUCUACUACUUUGGGCAAGGUGUCCAGCGGGACUAUGCACAAGCAAUGCAGUGGUACCUCAAAGCAGCCGAGCAAGGACAUGCCGCCUCUCAACACAGUAUCGGCUUUCUCUACAAGUACGGUCAUGGCGUUCCUCAGGACUACAAACAAGCGAUGGACUGGCUCCUCAAAGCCGCCCAACAAGGACUUGCCAGAUCUCAAUGCAGCAUCGGUCUCCUCUACAACAGCGGCCAAGGUGUUCCCCAAGACUACGCUCUGGCAAUGGAAUGGUUCCUCAAGGCCGCCAGCCAAGGACAGGUUCUCUCGCUAUAUAGUAUUGGGUGUCUCUACUGCGACGGCCAAGGUGUUCCCCAGGAUGAUACAAAGGCCAUGGAGUGGUUCUCUAAGGCUGCCGACCGAGGACAUAAGAACGCUAAGAUAUCAUUGGAGGCCUUGAAGAAAAAAAGUGUUGCUGUCACUAAAAAAUAA